GCAUGCCGCUGCAUCCGAUGAGCGUUUUCGACCGGCUCUACAAAGAUGCCAUCCGCAGACAGAAUCGUUCGCAGGAGAAGUGGGUGGUCGACAUGCGUAACGCGCAGCAAGAGACCUGGGAGCGCAUCCUUGGCAUCUACGACGGCCCGCCGCUAACGAAGGAGCAGGUGAAUGCCUUGGUGGAGAACGGACUGAUCGACAUCAGGAUGUUCGGCCUGGAGCCGAAGGAAACCAAGGAACCUCGCAUGUUCUGCCCGCGCUGCGGCUCCACGAUGAG